GAAGUGGAUGGAACAGAACAAGAAGCAGGCAAUUGGAGUGAAAGCCUUGGAGGUGGUUUUGUGAUAGACAUUGUCAAGUUCAUUGACCCUGUGAACUGACGUGGUACCUCUGCAAAUCUGAUAGGUGACAAUAUUUUGCCAGCAACAGUGCUGCCUGGGGUGGGUUGCUGUCUCCAGCUGGAUCCUCUUCCUCAAGGAGGUGGGGAGGUGAGCCUUAACCAGCCUCUGAGCCCUCAAUUGCAUGUCCUCAAAUUAUGUCUUUGGGGGUAAUAAGCUUGGCAGAUCCCUCAUGGUUGAACCAAUAUUUAUUGAAGGCAAUUUGUUCUGAACCCUACCCAGCACUAAGUGCUAGGAGGCAGCAAAGCAUGGUAAGAGGUUUCUGAAAUCCAGUCAAAAUCUGGGGAUUUAGAUUCUUCUGCCCAGCCUAACGUAGAGCUGUCCUUGACAGCUGAAAGAACCUGCAACUGGGGUGCACUGCUCUGAGGCAGAAUUGGACUCCACAAUACUAUGGCCACAUCCUAGCUUGAGCCUCUAGCCUGUUCUAGCCAGUCAGCACAGGGACAUUGGGUCACGCUGGAGAGGCUGGUUGUGUGCAGGAGGCCGAGUGAGCUGCCUGCUAAUGGGGCUGGGCCACCCCGUGCAGCUCCCUGGGGGCUGGACAAGGCUGGGAUUGUUCCCUGGCUCCCUUUGUCUCCCCACUCCCCGCCCAGGCCUGGCCCGCCUGCCUGGCCACUCUCCUCUCCCUCCAUCAGCCCAGCUGGCAGGAGCCUGGGCCUCUGCCCGUGGAGCCCCAGCCUGCUGACCCACCAGCUUAGGAGCACCUGUCAAGCUCUGGGUCAACGUGGAGGUGCCAGGUCACCAUGCUCAGUCUCAAGCUGCCUCAACUCCUUCGAGUCCACCAGGUCCCCAGGGUGUUCUGGGAAGAUGGCAUCAUGUCUGGCUACCGCCGCCCCACCAGCUCGGCCUUGGACUGUGUCCUCAGCUCUUUCCAGAUGACCAACGAGACUGUCAACAUCUGGACUCACUUCCUGCCCACCUGGUACUUCCUGUGGCGCCUCCUAGUGCUGGCGGGGGGCCCGGGCUUCCGCGCGGAGCCGUACCACUGGCCGCUGCUCAUCUUCCUGCUGCCCGCCUGCCUCUACCCCUUCGCAUCGUGCUGCGCGCACACCUUCAGCUCCAUGUCGCCCCGCGCGCGUCACAUCUGCUACUUCCUGGACUACGGUGCGCUCAGCCUAUACAGCCUGGGCUGCGCCUUCCCCUAUGCCGCCUACUCCAUGCCGGCCUCCUGGUUGCACGGCCGCUUGCACCAGCUCUUUGUGCCUGCCGCCGCACUCAAUUCUUUCCUGUGCACCGGCCUCUCCUGCUACUCCCGGUUCCACGAGCUAGAAAGCCCUGGGCUCAGUAAGGUCCUCCGCACAGCAGCCUUCGCCUAUCCAUUCCUGUUCGACAACCUCCCACUGUUCUAUCGGCUCGGGCUGUGCUGGGGCAGGGGCCACAGCUGUGGCCAGGAGAUGCUGAGCACCAGCCAUGGCUACCAUCUCUUCUGCGCGCUGCUCACUGGCUUCCUCUUCGCCUCCCACCUGCCCGAGCGCCUGGCCCCAGGACGCUUUGACUACAUUGGCCACAGUCACCAGCUAUUCCACAUCUGUGCAGUGCUGGGCACCCACUUCCAGCUGGAAGCGGUGCUGGCUGAUAUGGGAUCUCGCCGAGCCUGGCUGGCCACACAGGAACCCGCCCUGGACCUGGUGGGCACAGUGGCCACACUGAGCUUGGCAGUGGCUGGAAACCUACUCAUCAUUGCUGCUUUCACAUUCUCCCUGCUUCAGGCCCCCGGUACAUGCCCUUUGCUGCAGGAUGGCCAACUAGAGGGGGGUACCCAAGCCAAACAGCAGUGAGACCCCAUUCCUAACCCUGCCCUGGAGGAAGGCAGAGGGUGGGCUCCAGUGCUGGGGAGGAGCCAGACCGGGGCCUGGUAAGGUAGAGACCAUCUCAGCCUGGAACCAAGUGUGGCUGAGGAGAGAGAGAAGAUGAGAGAGGGCAGCCAAGAAGAGGGGUGUUCGGGGGGCUGGGGACUAGCAGAGAGUGAGAGGGACCGUGAGGGGCUCUUGAUGGAGUGGGAGAAGUGCUGAGGGUCUGAGCAGGGAGGUGUGUAUGUCCAGGCUGGAGCUGUACCCAUGCCCUGUCAGAGUUUGGGGUGGGAAGAUGCGGGGGUCCUUUUAUCUGGCCCCGUUUCUGGUGCUCCUGGAAGUCUCUGCUCAGUCCAGGGGAGAACUAACAUGACUAACCCAGGCCUCUGCUGAAUGCUUGUUAACCAGGCUAGGAGGCUACACACUUGGCCCCCAUCCCAAACCAGGUAGUGCCCAGUUUGCCAGCAGCUAUUUGUCUCUAGAGAUGAGUCUGUCUUGGUCAUGACUGUGUACUUGAGGUGUCCAGGCUUUUGGGGACUGGGUCUAUCUGGGUGUGUCACUGAUGGUAGAGUGGAUUGAGGUGGGGGAGGGGAGUGCUAGGCUGGCUGGGGGGAGCCAUAGUUAGACUUUAGGAAGCCAUCCUCAAUUCUUUCUGGAACAAGGCAGGUACAAAUAAAUAAAGAAAUAACAGACUUUGGGAAGCA